CAUGACUGGGUUUCUUCUUCCCUUCCUCCACACACACUCAUCCUUGUAACGCACCCUUUGCAGCUGCAGCCAAGUUCUAUGAAGGAAUAAGGAGUUGGUAUAUCAGUGUGUGAAUCUGCAACAGGUAGGAUUUGUGGCGUGGCUGUCGUAAAUAUAAACCAGGCUGCGUGAUAAACACCUUCGGAUCCGUUAUUUGACGCGUGGACUGAGUGAGAUGAGCUGCGCACGGACAUCUGCACAGAAGUUAAUGGAUUUCCGCUCGAUGCUUGUGGGAGAUUAAUUUAAUUCAAGAAGUGCGCUCCAUCCCUAUCAGGCUAUGAUUCAUUUUGGGAUUAUCUGAAAUGGCGAGGACACCAUCCAUCCACGGAAAAAGAAUGAUGCGUUUCAGAAUACUGGCUUUAAUGCUUCUGCAAGGUGUUUUGAGGUGCGAUGCAGGGGCCAUUUCCGAGGUCAAAGCAGGAGUUGUGUCCGACAGCAGCAGCAGCAGCAGCAGUGGCAGCAGGGGUUUUGGCUUCGGGGGAUCUGCGGGUUUACAGUGGUCUAAAACAAUGGAGACAAAAUCCAGACCAAAGCGCUGCACCUGCUAUUCCUACAUGGAUAGAGAGUGUGUCUACUACUGCCACUUGGACAUCAUCUGGAUCAAUACACCUGAACGUACGGUGCCCUAUGGAAUGUCGAGCUACCAGGGAUCCCAGCGGAUCAGACGAGCUGUAGGGAGGCAAAAUGAGAGGGCGAAGAGUCAGCGCUGCCUCUGUGCUGUGGUCGACGCAGACCCAGAGUGCACUGAUUUUUGUCUGUCAAGGCCGCUGCAGAGUCCUCCAUCCAGGAGUCUCCACAGAGUCCUUGGUCCAGGAUGACGGUCUUCUGCUUCUUGGCCUUCUGCUUCUUUUCGCGGGUUAACGGACCCCCCCCCCCCCCCCUUCCUCUUUGGCUACUUCACUCUCCGAUUGGCAUACUCGCCCCAGGUACUCUCACAUUCAAGGAAAGAUCUUUGGAGUUCGACAUUGCCGACAUUCCUCACCAUCAUAAUUCUUGGAGCAAGUUCCAUCAGGCCAGGUGGUUCCAAGAGCUCUUCAGCAAAUUUGAUACAGAUCCCUGGAGGCUAUCACUCUGUUGUUCCCCCCCUGAACGCAGCAUGAGGAUUACUUUCACUGCCAUAUAAUAGUCAAUGACUUUGCUUCUGACAGGCUUAAUCAGGCAAACCCUUUGUAUUCAUACUCAGUUACUGCGUGUUGCGGACUAUACCUGAUUCUGAAUGUUUUCCGAAACAAUGACGAGCAUGUAUCUGACUUUUAACGGACCAACCGGCACGUUUCUGUCAAAGUCUAGGAGUGUAUAAAGGAGCCGUGGAAAGACAUGGAGAGUAGGAGCGAGGCAUGAUGAAAUGUGUUGUCUUCAAGCAGAUAAAGACACACACUUUUCACUAUCUGUGGUACGGGGUAUACUAUUAUUGCUUUUGUUUAUUAAAUUAAAGUCAUAAAGGUAAGCGCACACACUUUUGACAGCUCAUUUACACCAAUUAUUUGAGCACAUGUAGCAUUUUGUAAGUAAAAUAUAAUCGACAGACUAACUAUGUACACGAUGCAUGUGAUCGUUUGUGUCAAAUCUAAACCUGAAACGUCUAUUAAUGGGGUUACAAAAUUGGAUAAAUACAUCCUGAGUUCAGACAAGUCUGAGCUCGAUCAGAUCAUUGGGACUUCAGAAAAGUGUCAAAAAUAUGCAUAACAUUGCAAACAACAUCUAAUGUGGCAUUGGAUUGGUUACAUGAGGACUUUUAAUGCAGAGGUGUGAACUGGAACAUGAUCAGACUGUCUAUAUAUGCCCUUAAACUAAAUGAAGCAACCGAAAACAGUCAACUUGUCCAGUCUUGAAGGUUCAGCGUGUAAGACUUGUGGGCAUUCAAUUGCAGAAACAGAAUUUAAUUUUUAUAAUUAUGUUUUAAUUAGUGUACCAUGACCUGAAAGUGUUCCCCACAGUCAGACUAGUUCUUAACCCUAUAACGCUGAACAUAUCAUAUUUGAUACAUGAGUUUUGAAGCCCUCUACAUGAUAAGUGUGAUAUUUUUUUUGUCUUGAAA